AUGGAGACGCCGAGCCUUGAUAUCACACAGACCAAUGACUCCAGCCGCACUGCCUCCCUAGGGGAACCUGAGGGGCUCGACUAUGUCAACCUCCCCAUUCGCGAACUCAAUGACGGCGCAGAUCUUCGGGAGUACACCACCGAAACUCGCGCUGGCGAGAUCAUUAAGCCGGUCAAGUCCAAGGUCAACGGCCAGACGGAAGAUUGGAAGCUGGUAACCUUCACCAUCGAUGACCCAGAGAAUCCUAAGAACUGGUCGAAGCUAUACAAAUGGUACUGUACCAUGGUCGUCGCCUUCACCUGCUUCGUGGUCGCGUUUUGCAGCAGUGUCAUCACGGCCAAGUUAGAAGGGCCUAUGGAAAGCUUCCACGUUUCACGCGAAGUCAGUUUUGUCGCCGUGACUGUCUUUGUCGUUGGAUUUGGUGUCGGUCCCAUGGUUUUCGCACCAUUGUCCGAAGUCGUUGGACGACGUCCGGUCUACGCCCUUACUUUGUUACUGGCCGUUAUUUUCGUUAUUCCCUGUGCCGUGUCCAAGAAUAUCGGUACUCUGCUUGUCUGCCGAGCUAUCGACGGUAUUGCCUUCAGUGCCCCGAUGACCCUAGUCGGUGGCACAUUGUCUGAUCUGUGGAAGAACGAAGAACGCGGUGUUCCAAUGGCAGCUUUCAGCGCUGCCCCCUUCAUCGGUCCCGCCAUUGGUCCUCUGGCUGGUGGAUUCCUUAGUGACAACUGUGGCUGGAGAUGGCUUUACUGGAUUCAGCUGAUCUUGUCCUUCGUCGCUUGGGUUUUGAUCACCUUCACCGUCCCAGAGACAUAUGCUCCUAUUCUGCUGAAGAAGAGAGCGGCGAAGCUCAGGAAGACUGAGAACGACCCCAGAUUUGUCACCGAAACCGACCUCGACGCGCGACCUCUGGCAGACAAGAUGCGCAUCAUUCUCCUUCGCCCCUUCCAGCUGCUUUUUCUUGAGCCCAUCGUCCUAUGCAUUGCCAUCUACAUGUCCGUCCUGUACGGCUUGCUGUACAUGUUCUUUGUGGCUUAUCCUAUCGUUUACCAGGCUGGCAAGGGUUGGACUGCAUCGUCGACCGGCCUGAUGUUCAUUCCCUUGGCCCUUGGUGUACUCAUGAGCGCUGCCUGCGCUCCCUUCGUGAACAAGCACUACAUCAAGCUCUGUCACCAGUAUGGAGGCAAACCCCCCGCCGAGAAGCGUCUGAUUCCAAUGAUGUGGUCCUGCUGGCUUAUUCCCAUCGGCCUGUUCAUCUUUGCCUGGACUUCCUACCCCAGACUCCACUGGAUUGGACCUGCGAUUGGCGGCUGGCCCGUGGGAUUUGGCUUCAUUUUCCUGUACAACUCCGCUAACAACUAUCUUGUGGACACCUAUCAGCAUCAAGCCGCAUCUGCUCUUGCAGCCAAGACUUUUCUCCGUUCCAUGUGGGGUGCUUCGACUGUCUUAUUCACUGAACAGAUGUAUAACCGGCUGGGCUAUCAGUGGGCCAGUUCGCUCCUCGCUUUCAUUGCGCUUGCCUGCUGUGCUAUCCCUUAUGCAUUUUACUUCAAGGGCGAGCAGAUCCGCCGGUUCUCGAGGUAUGCCUUUACUGACGACGAGGAGAAGGCCACCAAGGCGUAA